CUAGCAAGCUUGAGAUACCGUACACGUUUGCUAGCUGGCACAAAGUAGUUUAUAAAAUUCCAAAAAAACCAAACUUAAUCAACCAAAGAGCAAUAAUGAGAAGAGUCACGUUAUUUGUCAACGGGACUUCUAAAAACGGCAAGGUUGUAGCAGUGUAUGGAGCCUUGUCGGACUUACUAUCUGUAGCCAGCAAUAAAUUAGGAAUCAAAGCAUCUUGUUUAUACAAUGGAAAGGGAGGUCUGAUUGAUGACAUUGGCCUAAUCAGAGACGAUGACGUGCUGUAUGUCUCGGAAGGUGAUCCAUUUAUUGAAUUUCAAAAUGAAGUACAAGUUGUAACUGAACAACAAAUGGCUCACACUGACUGGUUAACCCUCAAUAUCGGUGGUCGUCUCUUCACCACUACCAGGAGUACUCUGGUCAGCAAAGAGCCAGAGAGUAUGCUUGCUCACAUGUUUCGAGAGAAAGACGUGUGGGGAAACAAGCAAGAUGAGCAUGGAGCCUACCUCAUUGACCGCAGCCCUGAGUACUUCGAGCCUAUUCUUAACUACCUGAGACAUGGCCAACUCAUUAUCAACGAGGGAAUAAAUAUAAGAGGUGUUCUUGAGGAGGCUCGCUUUUUUGGAAUUGAGCAACUUGCCGAUCAGUUGGAAUUGGUCAUCAAGAAUUCACAGCCACCGGAGGACCAUUCUCCCAUUUCCCGCAAGGAGUUUGUGCGUUUUCUUUUGGCCACACCCACCAAGUCUGAACUCCGUUGCCAGGGUCUUAAUUUCAGUGGCGCCGAUCUGUCCCGACUUGAUUUGCGCUACAUUAAUUUCAAGAUGGCGAAUCUCAGCCGCUGCAAUCUGACGCAUGCCAAUUUGUGUUGUUCCAAUUUGGAGAGGGCCGAUCUGUCCGGCGCCAACCUGGAUGGUGCCAACUUACAAGGCGUGAAGAUGCUUUGCUCCAAUGCAGAGGGAGCGUCUCUUAAAGGAUGCAACUUUGAAGAUCCGUCUGGGCUGAAGGCCAACCUGGAGGGUGCAAACCUGAAAGGAGUCGACAUGGAAGGAAGUCAAAUGACUGGUAUUAACCUACGGGUGGCCACUCUGAAAAAUGCAAAGCUGAAAAACUGCAACCUGCGGGGCGCCACUUUAGCAGGAACAGAUCUCGAGAACUGCGAUUUGUCUGGCUGUGACUUACAAGAGGCCAACCUGAGGGGUUCCAAUGUUAAAGGAGCUAUUUUUGAGGAGAUGUUGACGCCACUACACAUGUCGCAAAGUGUUCGAUAACUCUGUCGACUCUGACACGAGUGGCUCCUUUAAUCACUCAACUGCUACAGCCUUUUUGACGGUAUAUUCCCUCAUUUUGAAUCUCUUACCUGAUUUAACGCAGGUGAUUGUAUGCACUUCCCUGUCCACAUAUUUUAUUUUAGCUUUAAUAUCGCACUAUUUAUCCAGGGUUUUUUUUUUUUUUUUUUUGCUUGGAUGUUAUUCAUUGCCUAUUCAUCCACCUAUAUUAUAAAAGCAAAAUAAUGUCUUUAGUGUUUGUAAAAGUGUCUGGAUGCUGUCCAGCGAAUACAAUCAUUUGGUGUUUGGCACAAUAAUCUUUGCCUAUGUAUAUUUUACAAAAUUAAUGUUAACAGUUAAAACCACACAAUGGUUUCCGUUUCUGAAUGCUGCUGUUGAAGAACCAGUAGGGGUCACUUAAAAAUGACUGUGUUGCUGUACUUUUCUCCAAAAGUAACUUUGGCCUCUAUAAGUGAAAGCCAAAGCCGCAAGACAGCAGUACCAAGGCUCAAGGUGCUGUGAAACUAUGCGAAUAGUUAGAUGUCAACACACCUCAGGUAUGCAAUACAUAAUUUACAGUUGUGGCCGAUGGAUUUCACAAUACUCAAUAUUGUGCUCCAAAAGGUUGAGCUUGUGGUCUGUGGAACUACCUCUUUCUUUUUCCUCCUUUUUGCAUCAGUUGACAUUCGCAUGUAUUCAAAAGUGACACUGCCAAGGGUGUAGGUUUGCAUAGGGACGGUGGGGACAUAACACUACCAACUUUUAAGCAACCUUAUUUGUAUUACGUAAUUAGUUCAGUUAUGUAGGUAAUUUAGAUUGACUUCCUUCAUGAUGUAAAGAUUGAAUUGAACUUACUAUUAUUAAGUGAAUUAUUUUCAUUAUGUUCAGAUCUACAUUUACCCCUUUUUACUUGCUGAAUGUGCCAGUCCAUUUUUCUUUUUUUCUUUUUUUUUACCUCAAACGCACGUCUGAUUGGCUGACGCCUUAACCCCCCCCACACACACACACACGCACACCUACACAAGCCGACAAAAAUACAACAUGCCGCCCCCUCUGAAGAAGAGGGAUAUUAAAAGGGUUUUUUGGGGUGGCCAGCAGCAGCUACUGUAAGUAACGUAACAGAUGUCAAUGUUGUGGAGGUGGGCAACACAUCACAAAUUUUGCUACUGAAAGUCCGACCUGAAUCACAUUUUGCAUAACGUUAAACUGUGUGAACUUGCUAACCUGCAAAACCCAAGUAGGAAGCUGCUUAAAGAGAAAUGUCCUCCUGUAUGUGUUUUCUAAUGUUAAUGUUUUUUCAAUUAUAUUCAUUACUUUUGUCAAUGUUGAGUGUUCCAAAGACAAAUGUUUUUUUUUUCCAUUCCUGGACAGUUAAUAGAUUAUUAACAAGUUUGUAUCUAUUCUGUGGGUUGAUAUAAUUAAUGUUCAACUAUUGCAAUUUAAAUUUGCUAAUUAAAUCCAGACAUUUAUUCUGGAAGUUUUCAAAAAUGUUUCUUUUCUAGUUUAUGAAAACAAAGUUUUGAAUCAAACGGUAUAUCACCCUGACCGAUACACAUGAAAGUUGUGUAAGUCAAUUCAUUUUGCAUCGAUCAUUUAGCCUAUCAAUUAUUUGGUUCAUAUUCGUUAGAAAUGUAGCCCUGACCUCUGUUCACCCAAUUGUUUCGUUUUAAUAAUGUCCCGUCCUUAGCAAAAAGUGUACAUGCAGGUUAUGCUGCUAUAUUGUCCCUACCAAUGUUGAGACCAAACCUACGCCCUUGGACGCUGUGUACUAAAAUAUUAACGUACGUUAGUCAUGUCUUAGGUUUCAAAUGAAGAGAGACUUCAGUCAUCUAGUUUUGCCUAAAGGUUAUAGGUAUAUAUAGGUCAUCACUUUGUUGUUGGUAACUAUGUAAUCAUUCAUGCUACAAUCCUAUUUGCACAAGUAUAUAUAUACACGUAUAUCAUUUCACCCCCAAAAAUGUAAAUUGUGUAUUCUUAUGUAUAUUUAAUCCAGUUCUUCCAAAACUUUCCCCCCAAAAAUUGUAAAUACAUUUUGAGAGGAGUUCUUUCAUUGAGGAACAAUCUUUUUCGUGCUGGACUUUGUCUGUCUGCAUGUUUGUCUUUUAGCGGUCUAGAUCAUUUAGUUAUAGCUCUGCGCUGCUCUGAUGCAAUAUAUAUAAUUUUUUUUAUAACUAUUUAACAGAAGGUACUAAGCAUGUGAGUAAUUAAUGAAGGCAAUGUUUGUGUAUUACACCUUCAGCGUGCAACUCAUAGGAAAUGAUCUGAUUAUUUAUUUGAAAACAUAUUAUAAAUGCAAAAUGGAGCAGUUGUUUAUUUAGAACUAGGGGUGUAGCUCUCCUUGUCAUUAUUGCACUUGACUGUGGAAAUAAUUUUCCAUUUUUUGACUGUUAAAAAUAAACUCCUUGAAAGAAGAGAAGGCUUCUUUGUCUGUUUUUUUUUUUGGGUGGGGGGUUACGUCAAAGGCCCCGGAUAAUUGCUUUGACUUUUGAAAAUGUGCAUGUAUUCCUUUUAAGAGCAUAUUAAACUUUUUGCUUGCUGUGAAAAUCAGAUGUUGCUUAAUCCCACUUUGAGAUCCCCUGCAGUGAGAUGGAUGUCUUUGAGCAGAAAAAGAAAGCCAUAUAAAUACCUUGGAUGACACUCGAGAGGGUAGACUAAACAGACAAGGAAAAUCUAUUUAUUUCUCUCAACAAAGGUGAAUUCACAUUUUCAAAUCUGUGAUUUCAAGCUUUUAUAUUAUUCUAAUCUCUUGUGCAGAGCACGAC